AAAGAAGAGUAGCCCCUGCUUGCCGCAACUAGAGAAAGCCCGCGCAGCAACGAGGACCCAACGCAGCCAAAAAUAAAUUUAUAUUAAAAAAAAAAUGCCCUCUGACCCCCUAGAAGCUGAAAGUCUUCCGCUGCAAGAUAAUAUCUGGUACGUAGAAACAAUUGAAAGAACAUUGUGCUGAAACUAUGGGGGAAUUAGAGGGCCUUUUAAAAAAUUGUAUCUUUUAUGUGACUGAGGAUGGGUGGAUCUCAGGCCACUUCCGUCUCUAGUUGCUGUUCCCUCUCGCAGAAUUCCUCAUAAGAAUUUUCUAUACGAGCUUUUCCAUUUUGUACUGUUCAGGCACUCCAGUCAGGCUUGCCAUGCCAUUGAAACUGCUUGCUCGUCAGGGUCAGCAAUGAUGACCUAGUUGGGGUCCAAUCCUCUGCCUGCUUGACCUUCAGUAUCAUUGGACAGGGUUGGCUAUUUCUUCUUGAGCCACUUUCUUAGCCUCCCUUCUGCAGCCGUGUGCCGCCUUGCCUCUCCAGUCUCUUGCUGGUUCCUCCGCAUCUUUUCCUGUGGUUUUGUUCUUGUGUGUCUCUACGUCCCCAUUUGAGACCAUCUACAUUUCAUGGCUUUGAUACGAUCUAUAUUGAAGACCCAAAUUUGUAUCUCCAACUGUCCUGAACUCUAGAAUUCUCAGAUUGUUUAUUUGAUAUUUUCAUUCAGUUAUCUGGUAAGCAUCUCGAUCCUAAUAUGUCCCAAACUAUACCUGGUUUUGUUAGGACUUUACUCCUGGUAUUGCUAAGUGUAUCCAGACCACGGUCAGCAGUGUCCUUGACUUCUGCCCACUGGAUGCCAGUAGUACCCUGUCAGUUGUGACAACCAAAAAUGUCCCCAGACGUGGUCAAAUGUCCCCUGGGGAUCAAAACCACCCAGUUGACAACUACUGUUAAAGCAACAACAAAAUUAUUGAAAGUACCACACGAUCCCUGGAACAUUCUAGGUACUCAAAAAUUGUGUCCUAAUUUUCCAAAAUUUGGUUCUGCUUUUCUCACCCUAAUCAUCCUUGAUUAUAUGUCUAAUAAUAGCUCUUAUUUGUUGGUAUAGGAUGUACUCUGAAGUCUCAGUGGCUUAAUACAACAAAGAUUUCUUACAAUGUUUGAUACAUGUUGGGUGACCAAGGCAGCUGUUCUCCAUGUGGUGAUGCAGUGAUUCAGAUCACCUCCACUUUGUGGUUCUACCAUUUUAGCACAUGGUUCCCAUGAUUCCAGAGGCAAGGGAAGAAAAAGUUGGCAAACGUGCACCAGCUCGUCUAUGCUUACGUCCUGAAAUAAAUGACACUUGUUCUCAGCUCACUGACCCUCGUGCAUCACGUGAGCCAACCUGACUGCAAGGGAGGCUAAGAGAUGAGGCAGAUCCUGUGGUUAUUUGAGCUCCACAACGGCCAGGUCCUCACAGUUCUCCGGAUUGACAAUACCUGUGCACCCAUCUCCUUCGAUCUGGGAGCCGCCGAAGAACAACUGCAGACCUGGGGCAUUCAGGUCCCGGCUGAGCAGUACAGGAGCCUGGCUGAGAGUGCCCUCUUGGAGCCCCAAGUGAGAAGAUACAUCAUCUACAACUCGAGGCCUAUGCGGCUGGCCUUCGCUGUGGUGUUCUAUGUGGUGGUAUGGGCCAACAUCUACUCCACCAGCCAGAUGUUCGCCCUGGGGAACCACUGGGUGGGUGUGCUGCUCGUGACCCUGGCUGCCAUGAGCCUGACCCUGACUCUUGUGCUCAUUUUCGAGAGACACCAGAGGAAGGCCAACGCCAACACGGAUCUGAGGCUGGCGGCUGCCAACGGAGCCCUCCUGAGACACCGGGUGCUGUUGGGGGUGACAGACACGGUGGAAGGCUGCCAGAGUGUGAUUCAGCUCUGGUUUGUCUACUUCGACCUGGAGACCUGUGUGCAGUUUUUGUCCGACCAUGUUCGAGAAAUGAAGACGAGCCAAGAGUCCUUGCUGAGAAGCAGAUUGAGCCAGCUGUGUGUCGUCAUGGAGACUGGGGUGAGCCCCACAGUGGCCGAGGGGCCGGAGAACCUGCUGGAGGAAGCUCCUCUCCUGCCCAGCAGUCCUCGUCCCUCGGAGAGGCCACUCAUGCAGACCGAACUUCGCCAGCUUAUUCCUGAGGCUGAGCCGGAGGAAAUGGCCCAGCAGCUGCUGGCAGUGUUUGGUGGCUACUACAUCCGGCUCCUGGUGACCUCUCAGCUCCCCCAGGCGUUGGGCACACGACACACAGACUCUCCAAGGAUUCCAUGCCCCUGCCAGCUCAUAGAAGCCCACAUCCUGGGUACAGGGUGCUGCCCAUUCCUGGCCAGGUGACCUAGGGGCGAAGGUACUCAUCUUCUUCCAAGGCUGAAGGUGAGAAGUCUGGGAGGCCUCAGGAGCCCAAGGUGGCCGACGGUGAGCCCUAGGCGAGGAGAGCAGCAUCUGGGGGCACUCUGAGGCUGUCAGUCAUGUCAGCACUGUGAGUAUCGUGCUCACUCCAGGACCCUGCACAAGAAUGGCUUGUCAACAUCCCACACUGACCCCUGGCCUUUGCAGAAGCCGAUGGUCCCACUCUGAGGUACUUUCGGUGCUGCUUAGAACUGUGGGCAUGGAUGAAAGGGCCACCCGCACACCCCUUUCAUUGUCUGGAGAGCCCAGGAAAUGUGAAGAUGACCAGACUGGACUGAAUGUGUGUCCAAAACUUGGUCUCAGGUGAUGCUUCUGUCCCCACCCCCUUCUUGUCAGAUGGAGACUCAGGGAGGACACUGCUCUUUGUGGCAUCGCCUUGGGCCCCUUAGAUUAUAAGAAGCCUCUUCCCAAUCUGAAGUGAAGAAGUAAAUUCUCAGAAUGUUCUCCAUUUUUAAGUUGUUUUUUCCCUACAUUUUCUGAAAAAAGAUGGCACUUGGGCUUGUAUGCUAGCACACAGGCCUUGAGGAGUAGGAAACAAACGGCCUGUAACUGCUAAUGGGAAUAUUUGGAAGAGACUGAUCCUGUCUGAUUGGAGGACAUAUUUUGUUCACAGCAUGCUUGCUUGUGGGAUGGUUUCAUACUGCAGACGGAGAAUGGCCGUGUGUUCCUUAACACUAACACUGUCCUGGAGUGAAGCGUAAUCUGUCACUUGUGGAAUUCCAUGAAGAGCUCAGAGGCUGCCAGGUGCUCUGCUUCUGAACAAGUUUGAAGACCCGUUGUUCCCUAGGCCCAAAUCCAAAAGCCCUAGCCUGGCAUUUAAAGGCUCCCCAGCUCCUAAGGCCUGGCCUUCGUCUGCAAUUUUGGCUUCAUCGCCCGUAAAAAUCCUUCGUAGGUUGAAACUCUUUUCCUGGACUGACAUACCUGUUCCUUUGUAUGUGCUGGGCUCCUAUGCAUGCUUUUGUAAAAAAAAAUUUUUUUUAAUUGAGGUAUGGUUGACGUAAGAUAUAUACAAGGUUCAGGUGUACAACGUAGUGAUUCACCAUUUUUAAAUGUUAUACUCCACUUACAGUUAUUAUAAAAUAUUGACUGUAUUCCCUGUGUUGUACAAUAUAUCUUUGUAGCUUAUUUAUUUUAUACAUUGCAGUUUGUACCUCUUAUCCCCUCCCCCUAUCUUGCCCCUCCCCCUCCUAUGCAUGCUUUAAUGCUCAGCUUUCCUUACCCCUCCUUCAGGAAGCCUUUCAACAUAGCCAGACCUGCCACUCUCUGCCUCCUUUAUUUUUUUAUUUUUAUUUUUAAAAAAUUACCUCUUAAUCCAUGAAUCCAAAUCAUCUCACUUUUUUUGUUUGUUUGUUUUGUUUCCCACGCCACGUGGCUUGCGGGAUCGUAGUUCCCCGACCUUGGAUUGAACCCAGGCCACCGCAGUGAAAACACCGAGUCCUAACCACUGGACCACCAGGGAAUUCCUGACUCUGCGGCCUUUAAAUUCUUGAUGUAGUUGCUGCUUUUAUUCAUGUUUUAUGUUAUUGAUUCUGUUUUCCUGUGCAUAUACCUAUUCUUCUAGCUAGACUAUAAGCUCCUCAAGGACAAAGACUGCACCUUGUACUUUUUGUGCAUGACCUGGACUUGCUAAGGAAAAAAAUCCUGUGGACUGAGUGCUUUGUCAUCUCUAUAGUAGCUUUUGCAAAUUACUCUCUGUACUCAGUUGAAUGAUGAAGUUGUCACAGACUGGGGUUCUGGUCCUGAACUGCCACUUUUAGCUAUGUAACUUUAGGCUGGUCCUCAGUCUACACAUCUGUAUAGUGGGUAGAUUGGAUGAUUCUUAAUGGCCCUUUCAAAGCCAAAGAUCUGGGAAUUUCCAUCUUUUUCUGUUCCAUUUUAACCCUUGGCCUUUCUCUCUGUUAUGCCUUUAUCUACAUGCAGAAAGGUUCUAUAGACCCACACAGGUGAGGUGUCCCAGACCUGAUACCCCUUUGGAUGGAACACUGGCCUAGCCAGCAGGAGAGCUGUAUUCUCAUUUCAGAUCUGCUACUUCUUAGCAGUGUGACCUUGGCUAGGUUAACCUCUCUGAAUGUCAGUUCACUCUAUAAAUGAACCUGGUGAACAUGAAAUGUAAUUAUGUGGGUGACUUACCAUGUAAGAGGUGAAUCUGACUGUUCACUUUCUCUGGGCCAGAGAAGACAAAUCAUGUACAUAGACCAGCCCUUGGAAAUGGCUCUUUUAGGCAUUUCUCGUCAGCCGACAAAUGCUGCGGCCCGCUUUGCUCAAUGAGAAUUAUUCAUGAAGGCGAUCAUUGUCUUUCUCACCUGCCACAGCGGAAGUGUGGGCUGUGAAUGUGAUCAGUAGUAGCCCAUAUUUAUCAUCCAACCAUAAAACCCUGGUAAGUAUAAUAACAGAGAAUAAAAAUGUGUGUGUUUUGACCAAACAGCAGUUUCUCCAUUUGACAGCCUCCUUAAAGGACCCUCGAUGUGUUGUUUCCUGCCUUUUCCUCUCUUUAGAGUUUCUGGUGGUGUCACCCAGUGGGUAGGGCAUUCAGGUGUGCCCAUGAGGUACAUUUCUUCGCAUUUGAGCCUCAGUUUCCUCUUUUAGAAAAUUCUGUGAUCUCUGUCUUGCCUGCUUCACAGGGUUGCUGUGAAGAUGAGAUUCCACAAAGGAACAUGUGCGCCGUUUCAAAGCUCUGUGUUGAUGGCAGGCAUGGAGCUGGUGAAGGUGGUGCCAUGUCGUGAAGUGGGAGCGGAGGGCUUGGAUUCUAGAGUCACAGGUAUUCAAAUCCAAGGGCUGCCACCUAGGAGCCGCGUCCCUCCCAUCCUUGGGUCUCAGUCCUCAAGUGUGGAAUGGGGUAAGUGUGCCUACCUGGCAGGUGAUUGUGAAGAUUAAAUGGUAUACAAAAUGUAAAGUGCUUGCAACUGUGAGUCGCAAACUUGAGUAAGCGCUCAAGAAAUUGUUGCUAUUAUUAUUUUUUUUAAUCUCUCACUAUGUCUUAAAUGCUGUAGGUGCCCGACUUAUGCUUUUGUGGAUGAUGUAGUUCAUUAACAGUUAAUGUUUAUUCAUUCUGCGUCAGACCUCAGUUACUCCAGCACCAUGGGGUGUAUUUAUGUGAAUAAAGAUUCUACUCUUUAUUCUUUAAUCUAGGGAAGAUUCUGCUUCCCUAGCAGGGAAGUUAAGCACAAGCUGGUUGGUGACGUUGGGCCAGAUGCUCACCCUCUCUGUUCUUCCUCAUCUAUUAAGGGGGCAUGUGAUAAUAGGGAGAUGAAUUGAGGUGACGCAUGCAAAGCACAAGGCCUGGUUCAUAGUGUGGUCCAUAGUAAGGGCUCCGCCAUCUGAAGAUGACUUUUCUUCAGCUGCUGCAUACUGUUUUCUACCUGUGUCUAUUUGUGUGAGUUUUUACUUACCUUAUUCAAAUCUAUAUCCUUACUGAUUUUGGUUGGUUGGUUCUAUCAGUGACCAAAGGAGGAAACUCUCCAGCUAGGAUUGUAGAUUUUCUGUUUCUCCUUUUACUUUUGACAAAGUUUUUUUUUUUUAAUUACACAGUUUAAAAAAUUGAGAUGUAAUUAACAUACCAUAAAAUCCACCAUUUUAAAGUAUAAAAUUCAGUGGUUUUUAGUAUAUUCACAAGAUUGCACAAACAUCACCACUAUUUAAUCCUAGAACAUUUUCAUCACAUCUUCCCCCCACAGAAUCCCCCUACCCAUUUGUAGUCACCCUGUGACUCCCUGUCCCCAGCCCCUGACAAUCACUGGUCUACUUUAUCUCUCUGGAUUUUCCCAUUCUGGACAUUUCACAAAUGGAAUCAUGCAGUUUGUGGCCUUUUAUGUCUGGCUUUUUCACAUAACAUAAAGUUUUCAAGAAUCAUCCAUAU